UGCACAUGUCUCUCCGUGUCCAGGAAGUGGUUGGCUUUAGGCACGUCUGCCGGAGGACUUCACCUCAUUCAGAGAGACGGCUGGAAGCAGAAACUCAUUCUCACACACAAAGAAGGCUCAGUCACGCAGGUCUCAUGCUGCCCCCAUGAUGAAAACUUUAUCGCCGUAGCAACGAGUCAGGGUUUGGUGGUGGUGUGGGAGCUGCAUUUGGAGCGGCGUGGCCGUCCGGAGCGCGUCUCUGUGUCCUGGGAGCACCGCGGACAGACAGUAACAUCUCUGUGCUGGGACACCGUGGCCCUCCGAGUGUUUGCCGGAGAUGUCGGAGGGAAAGUGUCCUGUGUCCGGGCUGGGUCAUCUAAACUUGGGAAGGGCUCAGCGUUUGUGAUGUUCCCGGUUCAGACCAUCACCACAGUGGAUUCACAUGUCGUUCAGCUGGGCUACUCAGACGGACAUCUGGUGGUCUCGUCUCUCAGCUGCUGCUACCUGUGUGACACAGAGCGGGAGAAGUUCUGGCGUGUGGGUAAUAAAGAGCGAGAUGGAGAGUUUGGGGCAUGUUUUCUCCCACAGGGGCCGGUGGGUCAGCGGGGUCCGGCGCUGCUGUACUGUGCCCGGCCUGGCUCCCGAAUAUGGGAGGCCAGUUUCAGUGGAGAGGUCCUGAGCACACACCAGUUCAAACAGCUGCUGGCCUGCCCACCGCUGCCCCUCGUCUCUUACAAGAAUGAGCCACAUUUCAACCCCGCACAGACGAGUCCACAGUCUCUGGCUUUCCCAAGACUCCUUCAGUUUGGUGAUCAAAACCUGCUCACCUGGACGGAUUCGGCCAUCUAUAUCUUCACUCCUCACAGCGGUCAGGUUCUGCUGUGGACAGAGGUCAAAGAUGUGGUGGAGAUUUCAGUCUUCCGUAAUGAGCUGUUUUGUCUUCAUGGUGAUGGUCGUUUGUCUCACCUGUCGCUGAUGUCACCUGAGCGCUGUGUGGAGCGUCUGAUGAAGAGGGAGAGCUGGACGCUCGCCGCCACCGUCUGCUGCAUGUUUCAGCACGCCAUUAUUACAUCCAGGGCCAGGAAGUCCCUCCCCAUUGAUCGUUUGGAGCAGCUCAAGGCUCAGCUAAACUCCGCCUCCCAGCAACAGCGGAUUGGUCAGCUUGAGGACGUGAUCAGCAAACUGGAGCCACUGGACUCCGCCUGCAGCAGCCGCAGGAGCAGCAUUUCCUCACACGAGAGCUUCAACGUUCUGGACUGCGGCAUCUACCGCGUCAUCAGCCGAAGAGGCAGCCAAUCAGACGAUGAGUCCAACUCCCUCGCCAACCAAUCGAUGCUUGAGGAGGAGCGGCUGAAGGAGUUCAGUUUCACCGAGGAGGAGCAGGUGGAGAAUGACGCUCAGUCUGUGCGUGGAGAGAGCGACAGGUCAGACCUCAGCUUGCAGUUUCUGCCGCUGCCUUUCCGCUCAAAACCCCCACGAGUCGCCCUGCAGGCUGUUCGAGACAGUGUCUCUAGCUUUGUGAAAAAGACCACCGAGAAGAUCAACACGCUCCAGAUGAACACAGACCUGUGGCCUCGGCCUGACCUCAGGGAAGGGGUUCAAGGGGAGGUCACGGCCACAGUGACCCCUCUUCCAGAAGAAGUCGAGCAUGAACUGAGCGCUGCGCGGUCCAGCUCUGAGUCUGAGCUGCAGGAGUUGAGGGCCGCCACAAAGAAAGCCAU